GAAGUCUCUUUUAUCAGAGUCCUCACGCAAGAUUUACCGUAAUUCGUUUUUGGCACCGACUCUUACUACUCGUCACCGACUAUUUCGCCAAGAGAGUCUGACAAGCAGGAAUUCUUCGCACGCUUACCGCGCUCUGUUGCUGCGCUAGAGCGCGACCAUGGGUUUGCAGGAGGUACUCUCGGAGGCAACGGCAAAGCUGUCAGUGACGAGCCUUAAGGGCAUGAUCCCGGACCACCAAAAUGUGGUUUUCCUGGAGCACAACAGCAGCGUGGGCCACGCGCUGCAGCUGCUGGCCAAGCGGCACAUCCUGUCGGCGCCGCUGGUCAUUCUGCCGGGGCUGGAGGACAUGGAGGGCGCGGACGCGGACGGGGCCGCCGCGCCGCCGCAACUGAUCGGCUGGGUGACGGUGGAGUCAAUCCUGCGCGCCUUCCUGCAGCAGAUGGAGGAGAAGCACGGCAAGCUGUCGCGCAACAUGCUGCUGCUGAUGACGCAGCUGGAGAAGGAGGGGCCGGCCUUUGCGGAGAAGCUGCUCAUCACGGUGGCAGGCAGCGAGGACCGCGGCCUCAUGUUCCAGAUCAACAGCGAUGUGCCGCUCCUGGAGGCCCUACGGGAGUCGUUUGUGCCUGCCGGCAAGCCCGCCGCGCACCGCCUGGCUGUGUUUGACGCCAGUGGCGCCAUCACCGCUGUGGUCAGCCAGCUGGACGUCAUUCGCUACCUGCGCGAGCGCCUGGAGCUGCUGGGCCCCCUGGCGGACGUGACUGUGGCGGAGCUGGGCUGGGCGGAUCCCGGCAGCCGGGCGCUGGUGACGGUGGAGGCCUCGCUGCCGGCGCUGGUGGCCUACGAGCGCAUGGCGCGGGCGGGCGUGAGCGGCGCCCCCGUGGUGGCGGACUCGGAAGCGGCGGUGGGCAGCGGCGGCGGCACCGGCUCCGGAGCCAUGAUCGCCAACCUGUCCAUGAGCGACCUGCGCAACAUCCAGACCCAGCACCUGGGCAUCCUGGCGCUGCCGGUGGGCGAGUUCCUGGCACUGCUGCACAACACCACGUAUCUGGGCUACUCGCAGCGCACCAGCUCGCAAGCCACGCACCCCUUCUUCGCCUCCGGGCCGCCCACUGCGCUGCCGCCCGGCGGCCCGCGCGUCUCCGCGCCCGGCUCGCCGCCUCUGGGCGCCGGCCUCGCGCGCCGCAGCAGCAGUGCGGCCGGCGGCGCCGUGGCUGGUGCGGGCCCCAUGGACACCGGCGCCGGGGCGGGCGAGGAGGGCCAGGCGGAGGAUGAAGGGCGGAGCGGCAUCCGCAUGCUCACAUGCAACGGGGCGUCCACACUGCGCGAGGUGCUGUCCAUCAUGAGCGACAACCGGGUGCACCGGGUGUACGUGGCGGCGGCGGGGCAGCCGCCGGGCUCGCCGCUGGUGGUGCCGGUGGGCGUCAUCACGCCGACCGACAUCCUGAGGCUACUGGCGGGAACCAAGGGACCCGCGCCCAAGCCCUGAUAUGUGGCGGGGGCGGUGGCAGCAGCUGGCUUGGCGGGGGCAGGGGCAGCGGCGGGUUCAGGGCGCUGGGGGCGACGAGGCGUGGCCGUGUUGCCGGCCGGCGGCCCUGGGCAUGGCGCGAAGGCAUUGGCGGGUGGGGCGCAUGGCCCUGGGGACUGGGGAUCACGUGGCAACGUCCGAGUGUCGGCGAAGACGCGGUGAAGGGGAGGUGUCCUUCGUUUGUGCGGUGUUGGCCGUGAAUGUGUAUUUUGACGAGGGCACGUAUGUGGGGAGGGGCCAGGUAGGGGGCCGAGAGCGGGCAGCAAUCGUUGCGGGGGCGGCCGCGACGUCAGCUUUACGGCUAUUAGCCUGGCUUGUGGCGACCAACAUUUGGUCGGGGCCUGGAAGCAAGUGUGGAAGUGACAGUUGCAGGUUUCGCGUGCAGAAUUGCAAUCGGGCGUUGCAUGUUCGCAUGUGGUUGUUGGGCAUGGGGGCUGGGGUUUAUGGGAGAUACGGUACCGUAUCGUCACUGAUGAUAUUUUGUGUACGGUGCUCGAAUGGCUGCAGACGCAGACGGAUUGGGGCAGGUGUGUGUUUGGGCAGGAUGUAAGGGCAGCUGGCGACAUGUGCCAGGGAUGAGUGGAGGUACCGCACGUGCCUGUGGAUACGGUCGCACUCAUUGCGCCACAGCUGUGCAUGCGAGAGGCGUGGGCA